UGUUUGCUUCUGGAGUGAAGGGGUUGAAUAAAAAGUGUGCCACUGGGAAGGCCUCUGCAUAGCUGGGUUGGGUUCUUCCUCUUCAAGAAAGACGACGGCUGUAAGCAAUGGGCCGCUCUCGCGUCGCGUCGCGCCAACCUGACGAUGACCCCAACCAAAGAUCCAAGAGGAAAAAGGCAGCUUUGAAUGCAGAGAAUUUAGAAACUUUAAGUAUAGGCCAUGGAAUAAGUGAAGGGAAAGUGUCUCUUUACCAUUGUAAUUAUUGUGACAAAGAUAUUUCCGGGAAGAUCCGCAUUAAGUGUGCUGUUUGUCAAGAUUUUGAUCUCUGUGUGGAGUGCUUCUCUGUCGGAGCUGAGGUGACACCUCACAAGAGCAAUCAUCUGUAUAGGGUUAUGGAUAAUCUAUCUUUUCCAUUGCUAUGUUCAGACUGGAAUGUGGAUGAAGAGAUGCUACUGCUAGAGGGUAUUGGAAUGUAUGGAUUUGGCAAUUGGGCUGAAGUAGCAGGAUGUGUUGGAACAAAAAGCAAGUCUGAAUGUAUUGACCACUAUAAUGCUUUUUACAUGAAUUCACCAUGCUUUCCCCUCCCUGAUUUGUCUCGUGUUAUGGGAAAGAGUCGAGAGGAGCUCCUUGCUAUGGUCAAGGAGUGUGGUGAUGUUAAGAAAGAACUUUCUCCAAAUGCAGAGCUUACACUGAAAGAAGAGCCUCAUUUUUCUGCAGGAAUAAACUCAGAGGAAUCUAAAAAGGAAGAACCAACUAAUCAAACAUUGUGUGGCUUAACUUCAGGUGCUGAUAUGGGUUCUGUCCCUGCCAAGGCUUACUCAAGUUCAAAUAAGAAGGCUUCCAAUACUAACCAGAUUAAUAACCGGCUUAAAAUGGAAGUGGAGUCUCAAGUGGAUCGAAGGAUUGGAGAGAAAAAACCCAAGUUAUAUGGGGACGAUGGGCCUUCUGUGAUAGAGUUGAGUGGAUACAAUUUUAAGAGAGAAGAAUUUGAGAUUGAAUAUGAUAAUGAUGCAGAACAAGUAUUGGCUGAUAUGGAAUUCAAGGACACUGAUACUGAAGCUGAACGUUCAUUGAAACUACAAGUUCUCCAUAUAUACUUAAAAAGGUUAGAUGAACGAAAGCGGAGAAAGAAUUUUAUCCUUGAAAGAAAUUUGCUUUAUGCUGACCCUUUUGAGAAACCUCUCACACCUGAAGAGCUACAAAUGUGUCAGCGCUACAGGGUCUUUGCACGGUUUCACUCAAAAGAAGAGCACAAGGAGUUUCUCAGAAGUAUUAUUGAAGAGCAUCGUAUUGUCAAACGAAUACAAGAUCUCCAGGAAGCCCGAGCUGCUGGAUGUUGCCUAUCUGCUGAUGCAUAUAGAUUUAUUGAUCUCAAGAGGACAAAGGAAGCUGAACAAAGUGCCUUCAAAGAGACUGCCAAGAAUACGCUUGCUGCGACACAAGAAUUCUCAGGGUCCCUAGAUGAUUGGGAUGUCUCUGGAAUUAUGGGGGUUGAGUUAUUAUCAGAAUCUGAGAAAGAACUUUGUAAUGAGAUCAGAAUUCUACCGUCACACUAUCUCAACAUGUUGCAGAUCAUGACACUAGAAAUUUCUAAGGGCAGUAUGACUAAGAAAUCUGAUGCAUAUAUCUUGUUCAAUGUAGAACCGAGCAAGGUUGAUAGAGUUUAUGAUAUGCUUGUGAAAAAGGGGAUUGCUCCAACUUGAUGUAAUGUUGUAUUGAUGGUGAGGCAAAUAUAUAACAGCUUGUUCAGGUUAGUUUGUCUA